CAGCGGCUACGCCCAUUCCGUCGUGUGCCGGCGGCCGCCGUGCCUCGCGCCGGAGGAUGGAGUGCGCUCGCCGGGAGUAUGGAAGGCGCGGAGAGGUGCGCUCGCGCCCGAUCUCCUGUGCCCGCGCCUCGCGCCUCCUUGCACCGCUCCGGCGGCCACUCGCCACCCACCGUCGCCCGCGACCACCAGCAGCAACCGUCGCACCUCUCCGCGCGCCACCCCGAGGCCCCAGCCAUGCCGCGCCGCCGUCCUCCGCAACCCCGGCCUCCUCCUCAACCUCACCUCUCUGUGCGAAAACCGGCGUCGCCGCCGGCGGCCACGGUUCCAGCGCCGCCUUCGUCCUCCGCCUCCUCCUAAAGUGCGCGUUCGCCCCGGCGGUCCUCGCCCUCGAGCUCACCGAGGACGGCGUCCUUGCGGACGGCCUCCUCCACCCCAGGCGGCCCUCUCCGGCGAGGUGAGCACAGGAAGGGACGAAGAAGGCGGCCGGGCCGCCGUUCUCGCGCGCUAGAAGGGCGCCGGGCCUCGUGGGUGUUGUGAAGGGGGGAGGGGGUGGCAGCUGAGGGCGUGUUCACCGUUGGCUAGCGCCGGCCGCGAGCGCGCGCCGGUGUUGUGACCUGUCCGCCGCCGCCAGUCCUCUCUGCCCUUCUCCACCCCAGGCAACCCUCUCCGGCGAGGCGAGCUGAGGAAUUUGGCGAAGAAGGCGGCUGCCGUGCUUUCGCGCGAGAAGGGCGCCGGACCUCGUCGGCGUUGCGAAGGGGCAUAGCUGAGGGUGGGUACGCCGCCGGCCAGCGCCGGCGGCGAGCACGCUCCGCUGUGACCUGUCCGCCGCAGCCAGUCCUCUCCCGCCUCCCUUGAUGUAACCUUCUCAACCUCUGCAUCUGCUCCCGUGUUGCCUCGUUGUCUUUUGGUACAUGCGCAUCCAACCAGUGUAGGAAUCAAUCAAGCUAUACAGGCAUGUGUUCUUCAGGAAAACUAAGACCAGAUUUUAGGUUAUAACGACUUUGUUCUCUAGCAGGAUCAAAGUCUGACAUGUUUAUACAGGUGAGAUUGCAGCGAAUUUGAUGUGCAGAUACAGUUGCUAAUGUCCAGAUUUCAGAGGCAUUGAUAGGUUCAGGUCGACAAGCAUAACAAAGGAACAGAGGAGUUUAAGUCAGUAAUUUUUCCUCUUCGAGAGAUUUGGUGGCCCUUCUUGCUAUGUACAAUGGUGCCUCAUAGUCAAAUUGCACUUUAAACUAAUAACUUUGUGGCGUAUGGGAGAUUUUCAUGACACAAUUGGAGUUACUAAUAAUUUCACUAAGCAAACUGAAGUUUUGUUUCACCUACUGUCAUGUUGGUCUUGCAGAUGAGCUCCAAACAUGGCCAAUCCUCUCAAAGAUUCAAUGGAGUCUGAUGAUGUUGAUCACUCUUCUUCAUUAAUGCCUGCAGGCUGCAGUUGUUGAUCAGUCACAAAGAGGGUAUUGGUGCCAACGCUCCGUUUGGAGUUGGAGAGGCCCAGACCACCUGCUGCAAGAGGCAAAUGGUGACUUCCAGCCACAGCUCUUCAGAGUUGCCCUCCACCGAAACGCCCGCGCCGAGGACGCCCACACCGACGCCGACAGAAGACGCCGACGACGCCCGCGACAUCCACGACGACGGCCUCCUCGCCAACACAGGAGUUCGUAUUCGUAUGGGCCCUACCACUCCCAACAGGAACCCCACUCCCAGCAGGACGCGCACCCCCUUCCAGGAUAUAAGCAACAACCAAACAUCAGGUAUUGAUCAUAACCCAGUCAGGACGCGCCCCCCCUUCCAGGAUAUAAGCAACAACCAGACAUCAGACCCAAAGGAACUAAAAAGGCAGAGGGAUAGAGAGCGGUAUGCAAAAAAUAAAGAUGAGAUUAAUAAGAGAAGGCGUGAAGCCUACAAAAGAAAAAAAAUACCAAUGAGGAAAUAG